AAGAGCGCAGCGACAUAAACGAACCACGGGAAGCAUUCAAGUCAUACACGAAAAAAAAAAAAAAAAAAAAAAAAAAAAGAAAAAGAAACCCGGCCCUGCCGAGCAACUCAAGAUGGUUUUUGAAACUAUCUCGAAGAUAAUUAAAGUCCAGCUUCCGGCCUACCUCAAGAGGCUGCCGCUUCCGGAAACCAUCGGCGGAUUCGCAAGGUUAACAGUGUCCGAGUGGCUGCGGUUGCUGCCUUUCCUUGGUAUCCUGGCCUUGUUGGGCUAUCUGACCAUCCGCCCUUUUCUUCCUAAGAAGAAGAAACAGAAAGACAGCCUSAUUAACUUGAAGAUCCAGAAAGAAAAUCCUAAAGUGGUCAACGAGAUAGACAUAGAGGACCUGAACAGUGCAAAUGUGUGUUACUGUCGCUGCUGGCGUUCCAAAACUUUUCCUGUUUGUGACAAGUCACACUUAAAGCACAAUGAACUAACUGGAGACAACGUGGGACCACUCAUACUUAAAAAGAAAAUACUUUAAUUGAUGGUUUAUGCCUAAGCCUUUUCUUGAUGUCAUGUUUCUCAAUAAUAAUAAUAAUAAUAAUGAUAAUAAAACUACUGAGUGUGUAUUAGCUAUGUUAUGUUGAAUUUUUAAAGUUAGGAGAAUUUAUUUUUCUUGGCUCACUAUGUUAGCAUAAUGGCAUCUUAAGUGUCAAAAUCAGUUUUAUCCCAGUGUCUGUCAUCAAAUACAAAUCAAAGGUGGGAACACUUUGAGGGGACAAGUUGAGAAGUACAUUUAAAGACUAUUUAAUGACUUCCAAUGAUCUCAACUCAUWGGUGAAGGAAUGUUCUUCCCAAUCAGAUGCAACUUCCUGUUGAGUAGUCCAACCUGUACUUAACACKGUGUCUUGUGUACCUUUUACUUUGGACCACUCUUUGUUAUCUUUGCUUUUGUUUAUUUUAUGUGCGAAAGCCAAUCAAUGUGCCAAAUUUGAACGAACUUUAGGGAUGUGAGAAUUUCUGAAUUAAAUGCAUGUUUGGGUCUACUUAUUAAUUUGUCUUUAAACAUUGCAAACCACAUCAUUGUUGACUAAUAUCAUCCUAUAUGCAGUUUUAACCUCACUAACCUUUUAGAGGUUUAAGAACUUCUGUUGAUUUUUUUUCCAGCAUUAUAUGGCUGACUGUUUUUAGCUGAUUUUUGUGAAAGUAGUUUAUAACUUGGCAAUAUUUGUUUUUUUAUGUAUCUGCAUUUUCUAAAGUUUAUGUAUGUUUGAAUAUGAAUAGAAGUUUUUUGUUUAGACGUUAGCCUGACUUUAUUGAUACUAAUUGUAAAGAAGUCCUCAUGUUUAAGUUGCUUUAGCAGACAAAACUUCAGCUUCUUUUACUGUUUUGUUUUGAGAACUCAUGCAACAGAGCUAAAAGAAGUUUGAUAAUGAUUUAAACUGAAACGAGUUAACACUUAGACCAGAAUCAGCUGCAGGCAGCUACAAUUAACCUUGUGAUGGUUCUACAAAAACUCAAAUGAUCAUUUUCCUGAUUCAGAUGGACAUGAUGGUCUUAAUCAGAUUAAAUGGCACUGCAGGAUUCUGUUGUGAAGAUAUACACAUUUAUUCAGCUAAAAACAGUAAAUAUAGAUUGUGCUACUUAUUGAAAAGAUUAAGGCAUCCCAAAGUACAUAGCCACUUUAAUAUUAAGACUAUAACAAAGACCAGAUUAUAAAACAUGUUUCAUUGUAUAGCUGUGCCUUCAAUCUAGAUGUCAAAACAAGUACUUUUUAGUAAAUUUUUAUUUUGAAAGACACUAAAUUUUAUCAACACGUAAAAUAAGGUAAUAAUGUUAAAAGGAUGUUGGAUUUGGGCCAYUUGUUGAACCUUUGGGAACACUGAUUUGCUUGUGUAUUUUAUUUGAAUAAAUAAAAACUUAAGCUACU